CUCGAUGACGUCGCCGCCUUCGUUUUGUUGUGUCAUCAUUACGCGCCCCACAGAAAGCUCUUUAAGCGCUGCACAAUUUGACUACAGUCUCCAGCAAUGUCCCGUCGAUAUGAUUCCCGAACAACCAUCUUCUCACCAGAAGGGCGUCUUUACCAGGUGGAGUACGCCAUGGAAGCCAUCGGCCACGCCGGCACCUGCCUGGGAAUUUUAGCCAACGAUGGAGUGCUGCUGGCCGCUGAGAGGAGGAACAUCCACAAGCUGCUGGAUGAAGUGUUUUUCUCAGAGAAAAUCUACAAGCUGAAUGAGGACAUGGCGUGCAGUGUGGCGGGAAUCACGUCAGAUGCCAACGUACUGACCAACGAGCUGAGGCUCAUAGCACAGAGGUACCUGCUGCAGUACCAGGAGCCAAUCCCCUGCGAGCAGCUGGUCACAGCCCUGUGCGACAUCAAACAGGCCUACACCCAGUUUGGAGGAAAGCGUCCAUUUGGAGUGUCACUGCUCUACAUGGGCUGGGAUAAACACUAUGGCUUCCAGCUCUACCAGAGCGACCCGAGUGGGAACUAUGGAGGCUGGAAAGCCACCUGCAUUGGAAACAACAGUGCUGCAGCCGUCUCUAUGCUGAAGCAGGACUACAAAGAGGGAGAGAUGACCCUUUCCUCAGCACUCGCCCUCGCCGUUAAAGUCCUCAAUAAAACCAUGGACGUCAGCAAGCUGUCUGCAGAGAAAGUGGAGAUCGCCACCCUGACCCGCGACAACGGCAAGACCUGCAUCAAGGUGCUGAAGCUGAAGGAGGUGGAGGAGCUGAUCAAGAAGCACGAAGCAGAAGAGGCCAAAGCCGAGAAAGACAAGAAGGAGAAGGAGCAGAAAGAGAAGGACAAGUAGUGACGCCUGUCCACACUCUGACCUUUGUGUGUGAGAACGAAUGUGAGCUUGUGUAUGUAAAGAUUGAGUUUUCAGGUAUGUUUGCAUGUGUUGUUUAUUAAAAUAAAUCAGAAUAAUAAAUA